GCUAUGGAGCCUUUGGGGACGCUAACGUUGUGCCUGGCAUUCGGUCUCUCUUGCCUUCUGUUCCUUGCACUCAGGCACAGGAAACCGGGAAAUGAGAACCUGCCACCUGGCCUAUUUCCUCUGCCCAUCGUAGGGAACCUUCUGCAGCUGAAGACGAGCAAGUUGCCUCAAAACCUCCACGUGCUCAGUGAGAAGUAUGGGCCUGUGUUUACGCUGUAUUUCGGAGCAGAACGUGUCGUGGUGCUGUACGGCUAUGACGCAGUAAAAGAAGCCCUGAUUGACCGAGGAGAUGAAUUUGCAGCCAGAGGAAGCCUGCCAAUAGUUGAUAAAUUAACCAAGGGGCAAGGAAUUAUAUUCAGCAAUGGAGAGAGAUGGAAGCAGAUACGACGUUUUGCCCUCACCAUUCUACGCAACUUUGGGAUGGGAAAGAAAAGCAUUGAGGAGAGGAUCCAGGAGGAAGCGCAGUGUCUGAUGGAAAGCUUCCGGGACACACAUGGGAUUCCCUUUGAUCCAACCUUUCUGCUCAGUUGUGCUCCCGCCAAUGUCAUCUGUGCCAUUGUCUUUGGGAAACGAUAUGAGUAUAUCGACAACAGGUUUCUAGCACUUAGGACCUUAACAAACAACAAUUUCCAGCUUUCAAGCUCUAUUUGGGGACAGCUCUACAACUUCUUCCCCUCUGUCAUGGAAUACAUCCCUGGGCCUCAUCAUCGACUGAUGGAAAACCAUCUAUUACAGAUGGCGUUUGCUUCAGAGGAGAUUAAAGAGCACAGGGCUACAAUGGACCCCAGCACACCUCGGGAUUUUAUUGAUUGCUUCCUUAUUAAAAUGGACGAGGAGAUACAUAAUGAGGCCUCUGUGUUUAGCACUGACAAUUUGGCUUACGCCACACUUGACUUGUUUGAGGCAGGGACUGAGACAACCAGCACUACACUCAGAUAUGGGCUCUUGAUUCUCCUGAAAUACCCAGAGAUACAAGAGAAAGUACGCAAAGAAAUUGACCAAGAAAUUAGCCGAACACGAAGACCUUGCAUGGCAGAUCAUGGACGGAUGCCAUACACAGAUGCUGUUAUUCAUGAGAUCCAGAGGUUCAUCUCCUUCAUUCCAAUUAAUGUUCCCCAUGCGGUGCUCAAAGACACUCCCUUCAGGCAAUAUAUCAUCCCAAAGGGCACCACCAUAUACCCUGUACUGAACUCGGUGCUGCAUGACAGCAAAGAAUUUCCAAACCCUGAAGAAUUUGACCCAUGGCAUUUCUUGCACAAAGAUGGCACCUUCAGGAAGAGCAACUACUUUAUGCCCUUCUCAGCAGGUAAGCGGAUUUGCGUGGGAGAAGGCCUGGCCCGCAUGGAACUCUUCUUGUUCUUGACGACCAUAUUGCAAAAUUUCACACUGAAGCCUCUCACUCACCCCAAGGACAUCGAUAUCACACCUCGUUUAAGCUUCUUCUUGAACUACCCUCCGUCUUAUAAAUUCUGUGCUAUCCCACGCUGAAAAGCUUGUCUCAGGACUGCAUGGGGAAGCCAUACAACCCAGCAGAGAUGUCAUCCUAAAUUCCUUGACUUUGUUUUGUGGAAGGGGCUCUUGUCCUGAAAGCCCAACGAAGUGGUAGAAAUACUCCAGACUGGCACUCAAAUGGACAGGAAGCCACAGCUUUAGAAAUGCACAGCAAAUCUCAAUCAAGGUCCCAAACUGAGCAUUGAAGGAAAGUUUGGAGAAUUUCAGCAAGCUCGAUUAUCUUUUAUUCUCCUGUCCCUACAAGAUCAAAUGAAAUGAAACUGUCGCUAUCUUCUUCCAAACUAAAGUAAUACUACAAAAAGGGCAAAUCACCCAGGAAAUAUUAUUUCUGGUCCUUUAAAAUAAUUCACUUCUAUACCAUUUCUAUUUCAAUGCUAACUGUUUUCUAAAAGAUCUUAAGACAAAGCAUGUAUUUUAUAACAGUUUAAAAUACUUUUCAUAGAAGAACAGGGCAGUUUGGCAUUCAUGAUGCAUUAAGUACCAUAUUUGCAAUACAGAAUAAUAAGCAGGAAGUCUGGGGCCAUUGCUAGACCUAAGGUUUAUCCCUGGAUCGUCCAGGGUCAAACCUGUUCAUCUAGGUGACACACAGGGGAUCCAGUGCUCAGGCAGGGGCGAACCCUGGAUGAUCCCAGGAUAAACCUUAGGUCUAGCUGUGGCCAGAUUAAUUCAAUUUAUUAACCUUAUUUUUUUCCUCUUCCAUUGAGCUAUAGAUCUGGAAUGGACUUCAGAUAUUUUUUCUAUUCAGCCCCUGUACUACAGAAUGUAACUACAGCAUCCCUCAUGUGUGACUUUUCAAUCUCUUCUUACAUACUAGAGUUGUGCACAAGUGGCCACUGCAAAUUCACCACUGUAUUUGUGGGCAGAGAAAUUGGGGGAACAAUUCCACCAAUUAAAGGCAAAGGCAAAAAAACAGAUUUGUAUACACAAUACUAUGCUUUUAUUUCAUAUACAAAUCAGGGAUGUCAGCAGCAACACGAGUCAAAGCCUUUCUUCAGAUCAAGGGAAAGAGAUUAAACAUAAUAUGCUUUUAUGAAGAAAUGGAAAGCAACUCUCCAUGCACCAAAUAGAUUCCAAACUUAUCUUUGUUUGUAAAAUAAAGGGAAAGCAUACUGUAUUUUAUGUGUACUAACCUCUGAUGACCGGUCUCUGUGCCCUUCUCCCUCAUCCCACGGAGCCAACCCACAUUAUGG